AUGACUGAGAUUAUCAAGAAGGAAGUUGGUUUCAAAUGGGAGAAGGCACAGGAGGAAGCAUUUCAGACCCUCUUAAGGAUCGACUUACUAAUGCACCUGUUCUUAUGUUGCCUGACUUUCUUAAAACUUUUGAAAUUGAGUGUGAUGCCUCAGGGAAUCGGAAAGACAAGAAGCCGAUUGCCUACUUCAGUGAGAAACUUGGAGGAGCCACUCUCAAUUAUCCAACCUUUGACAAGGAGCUCUACGCCUUGGUCCGAGCCUUGCAAACAUGGCAGCACUACUUAUGGCCGAAGGAGUUUGUUAUUCACAUCGACCAUGAGAUCGCUCAAGCACUUCAAAGGCCAACAGAAGCUCAACAAGAGGCAUGCUCGGUGGGCUGAGCUCAUUGAGACAUUUCCCUAUGUCAUAAAAUACAAGAAAGGUAUAGACAAUGUCGUGGCCGGCUUCACCGCCAAGCACGUCUACAGCUGCGGCACAGUCCGGCUUCCCGUCUAUAUCGGCGGAAUCUCGAAGCUCAUGAAGUUCACUGUCAUGGACAAGCCGGUUAUUACAAUGCGAUCCUUGGCACGCCCUAGCUCCACGAAAUGA